CUUCGCGGGAACGAGUUUGUGGCGCCAGUGCAAAGUAGCUACAACGCUGCCACGGCGGAGCGGCAAACUUUUCUGUUUUCCGUGUCCGAGCUUCUUGGGUUUCUUUCUCGGGAAAACUGCUACCAGGAUGUGGAAUAGCGGAUUCGAAAGCUUCAGCAGCUCCACCUAUAGCGGAGCGGGCGGCUACACGCAGUCCCCCGGUGGCUUCGGGUCGCCCACACCGUCGCAGGCGGAGAAGAAAUCAAGAGUCCGAGCCCAGCACAUUGUGCCCUGUACCAUAUCUCAGCUGCUUUCUGCUACUCUGACUGAUGAAGUGUUCAAAAUUGGAGAUGUUGAGAUUUCACAGGUCACUGUUGUGGGGAUAAUCAGACAUGCCGAGAAGGCGCCCACCAACAUUGUGUACAAAGUAGAUGACAUGACGGCCGCACCCAUGGAUGUUCGCCAGUGGGUCGACACGGAUGAUGCUGGUGGUGAGAACACUGUGGUUCCUCCAGAAACAUACGUGAAGGUUGCUGGCCACCUCAGGUCCUUUCAGAACAAGAAGAGCUUGGUGGCUUUUAAGAUCACCCCUCUGGAAGACAUGAACGAGCUCACCGCACACGUCCUGGAGGUGGUCAAUUCACACAUGAUGCUCAGCAGAGCCAACAACCAGGCCCCUGCAGGGAGACCAUCUAUCGGCAACCCCGGAAUGGGUGAACCGGUAAACUUCAGUGGGAAUAACUUCAUGCCAGCAAAUGGCCUCACUGUGGUCCAAAACCAGGUGCUGAAUUUGAUCAAGGCUUGCCCAAGACCUGAAGGAUUGAACUUCCAGGAUCUCAGGAGCCAGCUCCAGCAUAUGCCUAUAGCCUCAGUCAAGCAAGCAGUGGAUUUCCUGUGCAAUGAGGGCCACAUUUACUCUACUGUGGAUGACGAUCACUUUAAAUCGACAGACGCAGAGUAGCUGGAGUUCCCUGGGCCCCUGAAAUAGCUCCGGCUGGGCCUGUUUUCUCUGUUGGCCCCAACUCUGCAGGUUUUGGCCAAAGGCUUCUAGAACAGAAGUUUCCUGUAGACAGUCUCAGCUGGAGUCCUUUUGGGACUUACUCUCUGUUUUGUUGCUUGUUAUUUAGAGGUUCAAAAUGAGAUAGUCAGUUGAGAAGGAAGUAAACCCAGGUGGGGUCUCUCUUUUUUUUUUUUUUUUCUUUUUUCUUUUUGGUUUUUGAGGCAGGGUUUCUCUGUGUAGCCUGGCUGUCCUGGAACUCACUCUGUAGACCAGGCUGGCCUCGAACUCAGAGAUCUGCUUGCCUCUGCCUCCCAAGUGCUGGGAUUAACCGGGCAGGAUUUCUUGAAAGAAGUUCCUAUAAGCUCGUCAGGACUCCAGGAUGGAUGAUGGAAUUGAAAGAGGAACACCACCAAGAGAGCGGGCAGCACUGCGGCGUGCUUGGGUGCUUCUGUUCUUGAAAGGUUUCCUGUUAAGAAUGAACAAUUCGAGGACCGAGGGCCAAAGAAAAACUUACAGCCUUCUGCCAAUUUGUGUCAUACUCUGGGUCUACGGUCUUACUUUCAAAAUUGCACUUUCCUUCCCCUUGUCUUGCCUGCAGUUGACUGUGGGUUUAAGUGAGCAUAAGGUUCUGACAUGGAGGCCUCAUGGGACAGAGAGGAAGAAAUGUUACUGCAUGAUUUGUAAUAUAAAUGUUCAUAUAUUUGAUAAAACAGUUCGAUUGUAGUAGCUUCUGA